UCAGAGGCACAAGUGUCCGAACCUGGCCGGCCAGCCGUCCCUGCGCCUCAGAUUCCAGUCUGUCGCUGAUCCCAGCUCCACGACAUGGCCUCCACAGUGUCUACCUUGACUGGAACAAUAACCGUGUUUACUCUGAUAAUUUUAAUCGUGAGAUUGUCAGUGUCUGCAGGAGAGUCAGCACAUACUUUGGGAGCAACUUGUCAGCACCCGACGGUGCAUUCGAUUGCUAAAACAACCGUAACUCGCAGAGGACCAAACCCAGGACACGACGGUGACAAAGCGGCAGGUUGCUCGAUAUACGAAGUGCAGGUCACGAAUCACGUCACGAUAAGCCACGGAUCUGAGGCAGUGACAACAGGUACUCCAAAUCUAAAUCCUAGUGUCAACAACAACAAUGACUCAUUGACGACGAUCACAACACAUUGGAGUACGCGAUCUGAUUACGAAAAAUAUGAUGGAGUUGGUUCUUAUAAAUUGCAUGAGUCACCGAGGACGUGGUCGGAGGCAAAGAAGAUCUGCGAAGAAGAAGGCGCCCAUCUGCUGAUAAUCAACUCAAAGAAAGAAGAAGAGGUCAUAAAGAAAGUCAUGAACCGUCACCGUCGAUUGUUCAUUGGAUUCCGCUACCUGAGAGAAGAGAACUACUACGAAACGGUUCUUGGUCAACCUCUCAAUUCCACCGGGUAUGUCAACUGGGACGAAGAAGCAGACACCAGCGGUAGCGAUGAGUUGUGCGGCGCUGUGUGGUUCACAGGGGAGAUCGUGAACGUCGGCUGUAGCGACGAUUAUGCGUUUAUCUGUGAGCUGUCCGCGUAGCCAUUCUGCAAUUGUAAGAAACUUAACAUGCCUGCCGCUGACAGAUUUUUGAAGUACCAAUUUUUGUAAACAUGUUUGUAAAAUAAAUGAACUGUAAUGUCCGAACAAUAUGUAACAAGUAACUGUGAACGAAGCGUAAGGCAGUACUUAGCAGUACUUACAACUA